UGUAAAAAAAUUAAAAACAAGUAAUAAGCCUAAAGAAUCUGAUUUAAAUGAAAAUGAGCUUAAGCAGGCACAGAUUAUUACAGAACUUCGAAAUAAAUAUAAGUGCUCACAACAUGUUACUCCUUGUUAUGUUGAGAAUGAACGGCAUCUUGAAUUAAUUCCUUCUCGUUUAGUAUUAUGGGCUCAUGAUAUUGUAUAA